AUGAUUUCUGUUGUGCAUUUCAAUGAAAUAAAUAGGUCAUUGUUCGAUCUGUAAACUGGUCCCUGCCACAAAUUUCAAAGACGAUUGUUACGGGGUCGUGUUAAGCUUAGAAGAGUUUAAGUUUAGAAGAGUUUAAGAAACAUGGAUUUGUUUACAUUUUGUCUGGUGAUAGUUGCUUCUUUGGCAAAUAUUCUAUUAGUAUCUUGUGCAGCAAAUCGGCCACAAGACAUGUCUCAAGGAAUAUUUUGUGAAUGCUGCAGUGCCACUGUUAAAGAAUUGACCAAGAAACUACAAAAGAAAUCCUCUGAUCCUUGGGAGGUUAAAGUGGUUGAGGCCAUGGAGGAUAUUUGUAAUGUUAAUAAUUUCAGAGCAUAUGACUAUUCUCCACCAACAACUAUCAAAGGCUGCAAAUUCAUCAUGGAUAAAUUUGAUGAAGACAUUGAGUCAGUACUUAUAAAAAAAGAUCCUGAUCCAGAAAAAACAAUUUGCUAUGAGGUGACCAAAGCUUGUGAAGGAGUUGACAGGACCAAGAAAGAGAAAGAGGAAAUGGAUGUGCGCAUCAAUGAUAAGAAACAAAAUAUAAAACAGCAGCAGCCAGAUGAUGGCAUCCAACGGAUGAAUGUCGAUAUUAAUGACCCAAACUCAGCCAGCAGAUUAGCAGAGCAAAUAAAGCAGCAGAUUGCUGAACAGCAAGCCAUGGGGGGUGGUGGUGGUAGUGAUGAUGAUGAUGAGCAGGAUGAUGCUGAUGAGCAAGAGCCAGAAGAUGAUGGUGAUGAAGGAAACGAAAAAUCAUCUAAAAAGACCCAGAGCAAGGACUCAGACAGAGCGAAGACAGAGCUUUAAACAGCUAGUUUAGGUAUGUGUUAUAGAGGAGUUGUGGUUGAAAACUAGUAACAAAUAUUCCCCUUUUUAUUCAAUUUCCACUUUUGCAAUUAUCUCAAGAUAAAAAUAUAACACUGAUAUCAAGGGCUCCCCAGACAUAGAUUUUUUAACUUGACAAUUAGAGGAAUUACUAGUUUUUGAUAAAUGUUUUUCCAAACUGUUUAAAACUGUUGCUCUGCCUUGUUCUUAUCACAUUAGUGUCCUCAUGUCAAAUAUUUUAGAUUUUACAUAGAUAAAGUAUGAUCACCAGGAACUAUAUAAAGCCUAUAAAAUCUGUAAUUUUAAUUUAAAGUUAAAGAAUAUGUCUAAUACUUAACUCUUCAUUCUCAUCAGUUCAGUAAUUAGUUAUUAAAAAUUAAUUAAUAAAGUAAUAAUAUUAAGCAUGUCAGUAAUUUUAAUUAAGUAAUUAAUAAAAAAGUUGCAAGAAGACUGUAAACAAACUCCAACCUGUCUCGCUUUGCUGUCAAAUUCCAUAAUUUGGUAAAUGGCCUUUUGUUUUGUAAAACACACUCCUAAUCCAGGCUUAAUAAAAUGAAGACCAUACAAGCACC